AUGAAGUUCUCUUCUGUUAUUCUAGCUCUCUUUGCUCUGGCUACUACUGGCAUUGCCCAGAAGACCUGCACCCCCAGCUUCGAUUAUUGCUCUGAUGUGUUGAUUAAGGACAAGGGCUUCACCGAGGCCGAUCUCAGAGAUGUUCUCAAGGGAACCGAUCUGGAAAAUGAGGAUCUGGAGAAUGUUUUGUUCCAUUGCAAAAACCCCGGUGAUGUCGGUCACCCCAAGCUGUGCAAGAGUGGAUGCAAAGACCCCGCGACUGAGGGUAGCCACUCAUGCGACGCAUUUUGGCAAAUUGAUAUUGUCGUGAACACCGUGGGCAAGGUGCUGAAGGAGCCCAUCACUGAAAUUUCAGAAGAGGAGUAUGACUCCAUGUUCGCAAUCAACUCCAAGGCGGCAUUCUUCAUUCUCAAAGCUGCUGCUGUCCACAUUGCCGAUGAUGGUAAGAUAAUUACCAUCGUGACCGCAUUGCUGGGUGCCUAUGCUGGAUCCAAGGCACCAGUGGAACACUUCACUCGCGGUGUCUGCAAAGCAUUGAUGGAGAGACACGUGAGCGUCAACAACCUGGCUCCGGGUCCCAUGGACACCCCAUUCUUUUAUCCCCAAGAAGCCCCCGAGGCUGUCGAGUUCCACAAGGCCAAUGCCAUGGGCAACCGGUUGACGAUGGUGCAGGACAUUGCUCCUCUGGUCCGGUUCUUGUGCACGGAGGGUGCCUGGAUCACUGUACAAACCAUCUUUGCCAACGACGGCUACACGACUCGGUAA